AGUCUCUCUCUCCAUCACCAGAAACCCUGAAUGGUCUUGCAGGACCCUCUUCAAGUAGAAGGAAUAAUUCCUUCAUCCAGUGUACCGCUAUAUUCUCUCAUCAGUCCUGCGCACACCUACAGUUGUCGAACGUCGCCAGGAAUACCACAGCGUUUGAUGUCCUCAAGGCCGGCUACUCGCUCUCGUUGAAAGAAUCAAAUCCAUAAGGCAGCAGACCGCAAUGAGUGCGCUCAUCUUCGACUUCGAGGGGUUGCCGAUCACCUACGACCACGCCGGAGUCGGUGCCCCGAUACUCUUCUUGCACAAUCUCGGGGGAGAGCGCAGUAUCUGGGCAGCGCAAGCCGACGCCUUGAAGGCCACGAACAGUGUGUACGCCCUAGACUGGCUCGGGUAUGGCGACUCCGCCGUGCCUGACGACGGCUACACCGUCGACACCUACCUGCGGUUACUAACCAGCUUCAUUGAUUCCCAGGGACUGCGCGACGUGACUUUGGU